AUGGAAUUGUUGCAAGUCUAUUUCUUAUUGUCGUGUGCAUUACUCGUUGUUGCUAUUGACCCUAACGACUGUGACGUCAAUGUAUCCGGCACUUGUUUUAUUAUCCAACAUCAAGAACUGAGAUGGAAUGAUGCCCGCUCUAAAUGUCAAGAUCUUGGCGGUGACCUUGCCGUUCUAGACAAGAUCAACGUACAGGAAGCUGUAAAUGCACUUGCUGUUGGAGGCAAGUCAUUGUGGAUUGGAUUACACGACCUAGCAAUUGACGGCCAGCCAUUCUGGGUUGAUCCGGGCAUGUAUUACAAUAGCAGUAAAGUUUACCCAUGGGCGGCCUCAGACAACAACACUCCGGACAGAGAUUGUGUUUUAGCUUCGGAAAACCAAAAUGGCGCCUUCGAGUGGCAGUAUAACAACUGCGAAAGUCCACGUGAAUUUCUUUGUGAAAUUAUCGGUUCAGACGACCAAGCUGAUAUGGAAAGGAUUAACGAAGACAAACUGAGAAUCGAAGUAGCUAGACUGACCGAGCAUGAAAAACCAAGCUCUAAAAUAGCAAAAAUAAACCAAUAUCUCGACCUGCAUGAAGGCGACAUAAAACUAAAUGAAGAAGAAAUACUGAGACGAGAUAUGGGACUCCCAAUUUACGAAAAACGUGGUGCUGCAGCGGAAGCGCAAUAUCUUUGGCCUGACCGAACAGUCCACUAUGUUUUUGAUGACAACAUGCCAUUAACUGAAGCAAAAAAGCAAGUUGUACGGAAUGCCUUGUUUGCCCUCGAAGAGAUGACGUGCUUAACAUUCAUUGAAGGUUUUGCAACAGAUUAUUUAAAUAUCAUCAAUUCCAAUGGAUGCUGGUCGUAUAUUGGUAGACAGGGUGGAGCACAGCCUGUAUCACUUCAAGACAAUUCACAAGGGUCGUGCAUCUCAGAAGGAGUAAUUCAGCACGAAAUCAUGCACGCUCUUUCAUUCUUGCAUGAACAAGCCAGAUACGACCGUGAUGACUAUGUAACGAUUAACUGGGCCAACAUUCUGCCGAAUUUUCAGAACAACUUCGACAAGGUCUCGCCUUCGACAAUGACCUUACAGAACACCAACUACGAUUUCGGCUCACUAUUGCAUUAUAGUCUAUAUGCGUUUGCCCUUGACCCUUCUGUUAAAGUGAUUAUCCCCCACGUCGACCCGGGUAUAGAAGUUGGCCACAAAAAUGGUCCGAGUGUUUUGGACUUAAUUGAAAUCAAUGGGCUCUACAAAUGUGAAGUGAUAAAUGGAAACUGGUCUCCUUGGAGUGCCUGGACGGAUUGUUCUGUUACAUGCGGUGGAUCAACUCAGACAAGAAAUCGAGAUUGUAAUAGCCCAGCGCCAUCGGUAGCCUCACCAGGUGCUCCAUGUGCCGGCGCUGACACCGAAACGCGAUCAUGUAUGACGAUUGAUUGUCCGUUGGAGAUUGAUUAUGAACACAGAAGCUGUUGGUUAGACCAAAAUAUGCCACCGUUGUUAACCUCAUUGGAAAAUACCAACAAUCCGUAUUUAGAUGGCCACUAUGCAUCAAGGACAGACAAAACCAGGAAAUGUGCUAGGGCCGCGGUCCACGCAGGAUUCCAGUACUUUGCUCAUCGGCUUGAUAGUGGAAAAUGUUUUGGUACAUCGGAUGAAGGUCUGUACCGAUCCCAGGGCGCAUCCACGGAAUGCGUUACAGGUUUUGGAACUACAAAUUCUAUUGACGUGUACGAGAUUAUAGGACAGUGUCGUGACAAUUGUGGAGCCUACAUUUCCGAGCGUGAAUGUUAUUGCGAUGCUCUGUGUGUUGAGUAUGGUGACUGUUGUCCAGAGUACACCGACGACUGCUCAGAUUCGGACUUCUGUUUCUCCUUCGGUGGUCCACAUUAUUGGACAUUCGACAAUAAGUUUUAUAACUACCAGGGUGGCUGUGAUUAUGUUCUGAUUAAUACGGAGUGUCCAAAUAGCUUGUACCAUAUAUCUGUAAUUGUCAAUAACAAGAUUUUGUACCCGUCAUAUGCCUUGUCUUGGACCACGGACGUGACAUUAAACAUUUACGACAUGGUGAUACACUUGUUACCGUCAAAAGCAGUGAAGAUUGACGGCAAUACUGUUUUACCACCGGUUCAACUAUCCACGUAUUUGAACAUCGAGUUAGCUGGAUUCUGGGUGGCAACUACAAAUAACGAAUUUGGGGACAGUUGGCAGGUAACAGGAUCAGAUUGUACCACGGCCCAUCGUUCAGUCUACGACGAGGUUCCACGGGACACAGCCACGGCAGAGCAAAUUUGUAACCAUCUAUUCACCGCUGGUAAUAUACCGGCUUGCAAGGGCCUGGUCGACCCCGCUGUGUUUCUAGGUGCCUGUAUCAUGGAUUUAUCAGCAACUCUACCAGGAGACCCAUCUGGUGGAUGUGCAGUAGUUUCAGCUUACGUUAUGCAAUGUCAAGACGUCGGUAUCGUGGUCGGUGAUUGGAGAACUGGAAAUGAAUGCGAAAUACCGUGCCCGGUUGGUUCUGCUUAUAGUUCAUGUGGACCAACAUGUCCUGCAACAUGUGCGAAUCCAAACCCAGUCGGUUCAUGCACUCAGCAAUGUAUUGAGGGUUGUUUCUGCGAACCUGGUAAAGUCGUCACUGAAGGUGGGCAAUGCAUUGACCAAUUGCGCUGUGGCUGCUACUAUCUGGGAUUGUUGUAUAAGUUUGGUGAAGAACAGGCCAAUGGAAAGACGUGUGAUUGUAAAAUUCCCGGUACUGUGUGUGUUGGUUGUCGCCAUUUUGAGGUAAUCACAGACGAGGUGACGUGGGAGGCUGCAAAAUCCAACUGUGAAAGUGAUGGAGGAAGGCUGGCUAAGAUAGACACACAAGAAAUAUUCGACAACAUCCGCCAAUAUAUAUUUGCCAAUAAUCUCGCAGACAAAGUUCGAAAUGGUUUUUGGUUCGGGCUUGACGACAUUGACAACGAAGGGACAUAUAUGUGGUCUGAUGGCACACGACUUUUACAGGGAAACUUCGUAAGAUGGGCAAAACGACAGCCAAAUAAUAGUACCAAAAAAGACCCAAAUGGUCAGGAUUGUGGACUUAUGAAAGCCAAUAAUCACAUUGAUGUGACAUAUGAACUAACUUCGUUCAACUUUGACACCCUCAUUAUGAUUGGCCAUUUAGAGUUGUCGCAUCGAAUUAAUGGAAACUGGAAUAAAAUCUAUGUCACACAAAGUGAACAACCUUUUGAUCUGUUUGUAGCCUAA